AUGUCAGCAGAUGCAAACAACAGGGCAAAGUUGAGAGGGGCGCUGGGUGGGAAAGACGAAAUUGUCAACGAUGCGCACGCGAUCUUUGAAAUGGAUACCUGGGCAACGAGUCUUAUUAGCCAAGGAUUGCGUCUUCCACGCGACACAAUCCCCUCCAAGUUCAAUGCUACAUGCAUCCUUGAUCUCGGUCGGGAGAGCUCCAGCAUGGGAUGA